AUGUCUUGUAGUGUAAUACGAAACGGUAACAGAGAUAACGUUUUGGGUGGUAAAGAUGCCCUAAUGUCCUUUACCGCCGGAUCAUGUGACUCUGUUUUACAAUGUUCACGUCGAUCGUUAAAGAACGCAGCUUUACCAAAUCUUCUUCAUUUUAUCAAAGACAUUACUACUAAAUCUCGAGUAUCAAAAAUGACCAUGUUAGUAGGGUUAAUAUAUGUUCAUAGAUUAAAGAAAACUUUACCACCUCAAGCUCGAGGUGAUUUUGAUACUCCUUAUAAAAUAUUUUUAUCCACAAUUUUGGUGGCUUCGAAAUAUUUAAGCGAUCAUUCAUUACAAAAUAAAACUAUCGCCGACAUUACUAAUGGUCUAUAUACCGUAAAAGAUGUAAACACAAUGGAAAGAAGUUUUUUGGGAUUAUUAAAAUAUGAUCUUUGGGUCGAUUAUGACGAAGUGAAAAGUUUUGAGGCGGAACAUCGAGAAGAUUUGGAAUUAGAUUUCCAUUUCGAGGAUAAUAAUGAUGAGAACAUUUUUCCUGGAAACGAGGAAUUUUAA